UCAUCAUUCGCCCUCUAGUGGACGCUACCAUCCACGCCAUGAGCAGCUGGAGAGAACACGACGCCUACCGUUACUCACGUUUUUAAGGAACACUAUAAAUAAUAUUAUUAAUAAUAAUAAUAAAUUAUGACCACACGUAUGACUGCACACGGCAAGAACGCUGAAUGUAAUUAAUACAAUGUUUCACAGCACUGCAGGGGUUUUUAUAAUGUUCGUUGGACCAUAAUAUGUGAAAUGUGUAGAAAGAUCCGUGUCUCUUCUCCGGAGCCUGGUCACAUGCGCGCUCGGGAAUAAUGGCUGCACAGGAACCCUCACCACCAUCUUCAUUAGAAGGCAACAAACCUGGCUUCCCCAAGAAAAUACUCGCCAACAAACUGGAGGACAAGCAUCUGUGCAAUAUCUGUCUGAAAAUCCUUAGGAGACCGUUUCAGGCGCAGUGCGGACAUCGUUUCUGUUCUUAUUGUUUUAAUAAAGCAGUGAGCUCCGGACCACAGAAAUGCAGUGCCUGUAUAAAGGAGGACAUAUUUGAAGAACCAACAUCAAUUUUGAAACAGGGCUGUGCUUUUCCCGAUAAUGCUGCCAAAAGAGAAGUUGAAGCUCUUGAAGCUGUUUGCAUCAAUGAGGAAUGCAGCUGGACAGGCACCAUCAAAGAAUAUGAGGCAAACCACGAGGGAAAGUGUGACUUCAGGAUCCUUCCCUGCCCAUCAUGCAAAGAGCUUCUGAGAGCCAACGAACUUGAACGUCACAAUGAGAGAGAGUGCCCAGAAAGGACUCUUAAUUGUAAAUACUGCAAGGAGCCAUUUCAUUUUAAAAACAUUAAGGCCCAUGAUGAGAUAUGCCCUAAAUACCCAAUGAUUUGUGAAGGUUGUGCCAAGAAAAAAAUUCCCAGAGAGAAAUAUGUGGACCACAUUAAACUGUGCACCAAAUUCAGAACACCUUGCAGAUUUCACGUUGUAGGCUGUGAUAUGAUGGUGGAAAAGGAGAAGAUCCAUGACCAUGAGCAAGCCUGUUCCUACGAGCACUUAAACCUCCUUUUGCACUUCAUCAUGGGCAUCAAGGUGAACUUAGAGUGUCUGCAGCCUCAGAGUCUGGAACUGGCCAGCCAUAAGAUCCACGAGCUGCAUCAGUCUCUGCGGGAGCUGGAGCUGAAGAUGGGCCAGCUGAGUGGAGCAGGGGCUCCCGUGCAGGGGGCUUGUGCGCUGCUGCCACCUCCGCUGGCUCCAACGCUGGGUACGUCUUUCACCCCACUCCCUACAGCGGUUGGGGCAGCCUUGGAGCUGCAGCUACACAGUGAGAAAACCAAAGUGGCGGAGCUCAGCCGUCGCUGUCAGGAGCUGGAGCUGAAGGUAAGCACCUUUGAGAACAUCGUCUGCGUGCUCAACCGUGAGAUGGAGCGCUCCGCUACCACCAUGGAGGCCUAUAACCGUCAGCACCGGCUUGAUCAGGACAAGAUUGAGAUACUCAACAACAAGGUACGGCAGCUGGAGAGGACAGUAGGCCUUAGGGAUCUCUCCAUCGUGGAGAUGGAGGGAAAGAUGAGGGAGAUGUCCGCUGCCACUUAUGAUGGUGUAUUUGUGUGGAAGAUCUCUGACUUCUCGAAGAAGAGACAAGAUGCUGUAGCCGGACGGGCACCUGCAAUGUUCUCGCCUGCAUUUUACACAAGCAAAUAUGGCUAUAAGAUGUGUUUGCGCAUCUAUCUGAAUGGGGAUGGGACGGGACGUGGUACUCACUUGUCUCUAUUCUUCGUGGUGAUGAGGGGACACAGUGAUGCCUUGCUUAAGUGGCCUUUCAAUCAGAAGGUCACCCUUAUGUUGCUGGAUCAGAACAACAGGGAGCACAUCAUCGAUGCCUUCCGGCCAGACAUUUCCUCUUCCUCCUUCCAGAGGCCUGUGAGUGACAUGAACAUUGCCAGCGGCUGCCCUCUCUUCUGCCCUCUCUCCAAAUUAGACUCCAAGAACUCCUACAUUCGAGAUGACACCAUCUUCAUCAAGGCCAUUGUCGACCUCACAGGCCUUUAAGGUGUCAGAUGCUGCUGCUCCGCCAUGCUCCUCUCUCCAGCCUGUAGUGGUUCCCGUGCAGUACUUUUUUUUCUGAGGCCUGUUCCCUCGGUCUGAGCUCUUUGCCGUGCUUGCGUGAGCCCAAAGAGACUAUGGUACCCAGUGCAAUACUGCACUGGGCGCGACACCACUCUGCAUUAUGUACCAAAAUCGUUCCCAGAGUUUGUGCAGUUCUACUGUAAUAUAGUUGCCCUUUGGGAACCUCUCACUCUCUCGUAGUGGGAUAGCUGUCAGCUGUGAUUGUAACGUAACUACUUGCCUGUGCCAUAGAUGUGGCACCUUGCCUUUUAUAGAGAUUGAGAAGACUUUCUCCACAAGACAGACGUCAUUUCAUUUCCAAGCGCUUGGCUUGUGUCGCACUCACUAUUUAGGUACUUUUUUGCUUUCCUUAGUGUUUGAGCUACUCGUAAGUGAAUGUUUCGUGCGUAGACUGACACGGAGUCACACUAACGAAUGAUGUCGAUGCGUUCAUUUUGCGACUGCGUAGUUAACUUGCUUCAUACGCAUCGACAGUCUUCUGACAUUCCCUUUGAGCAUUGUGUGCCUCGAAUGUUUCUCGUUUUCAUUGGCUCUCUGUAGUGGUGGACAUUGCUUGAAUUUAAAGUGCAGAAUUUGGGUUUCGAUAACCUGCUUGUGAGCUGAGGAGCUUGUGUGUGUGUGAAGGUGUGAUAUGUUUUUUGGCCUUCGUUUCCAUUUUCGGUGUUCUUUGAUGUAUUAGUUUGCAUGUUGGAUCUGUGGAAGAUACAUUCAAGUUAGCAGCAGACCAGGUUUACACCCUGAGCCUGAGAAGCGAAGGCAGUUUCAUUGUAAAAUCGCUGUCGAAGAAAACAACUAAAUCAUGCUGGUGUCAAAACCAUCUAGUUUUCCUUUGGACCUCAAAUGCCUCAUCAGCCGACGUGGUUAUACGCGAAUAAAAGAUGCAGCCUUUAGCCUAAAGGUAGUGUAAGUAGGACAGAUAAUCUUGUGUGCUUUAUUGUGACGUGGAAAGGCUGAUGCUUGUUAGCAUUUUGAUGUUUUCUUGUGUUUUUGGGUGUUCUGUUGAUAUUGUGCUGCUUUGGGCAAACAUUAUGGAUGCCAUUAAAACUAUAUGACUUGGUUUGGACCGUGUCGAUCAGUAUAAACCAAGCAGGUGUUUGAGAACUCGUAGUCAGUGAUUCCUAUCGUCUUUUUCCCAGAAAGGCUGUGGGGUUUGCAUUCUGUAAAUGUGCUAGAAAAUGAGGAAUGUGGUUUGUUAUGCCAUUUUUGAAGUAGCCUCAGUCCUUAAUAGACAGUCAGUUCAAUGCAUUUAGUCUAGUCCGUGGGAUUUCUUUUGGUUUAUUUGCAACCAGAGAAGGCAUUACUAUACAUAUACAAUGCAUAACUCCUACAUAAGGGCUUUUAGUAUACAGUACGUCUUCCAUGUGAGCUUUUUGGUCUGGUUAUUUUUUGAAACCGAGUCUGAGAUGCUUUUUAAAGAUGCCUUCAUGCUAACAAAGCACCUGGACCCAGCCUAUUUUCAAACCAGUUCCCACAGAUAUCGAAAUCUCUCUGUGCAUGAGAUGUUUUGAUAGAGAAGAAGAAGAAAAAACAUAUUGUAAAUUAUCGGUUUACUUUGUAGACCACCAUUUUAUUUGUAUUGCUUUAUCUUUUUUUAUCUGUUGAUUGAGAUGCAGUAUAUAAAUGUGAGUGUGGUAUAUUGUUAAUUUAAGUAUAAAUAGAUAAACUAUACAGUGUACACGGUUUUACGACUGAUGUAGCUGUGGAUAUAACAAAUAUGAAUCGUAAAUAUAUAUCAUAGAUUUAUAUCGAUAAUACAUGUACUAUUUCCUGUUGGGAUGGUUUCAAAAUGUGUUCGGGCUCUUUUUGGGCUUUGGUAAGUUCUCCUUCACUUUGGCAGCAUCCUCUGAGGGAAUGAGAUUCUGAAAGAUCUUCCGGUUUUUCCUCUCUCUCUCAAGAACCUGUCUACAUGAAUAAAUCUCACCGUCGUAGAUUUCCUCGCUUGCUUUUUGCCCCAAUGAGAUUUCAAAGUACUUGUGUGAAUAGUUCUACAGAUGUGACGUGCCUCUGUAGCCUAACUGCUUCUAUACAAAUGUUCUCUAUACAUAGCUUUAGCUAACAUUGCAUGUGGCCAGGAUGUUGUAUUGUAAAUCAUAUUAAUAAUAUUCUUUGAGAUUUUUGGAAAACACUUUUUAUUUGCCUAUUACUUUGAGUAGACGUCACAUGAUUUACUAGUAGUAGUGCACACAUUUUAGCUUGUGCAAUUAUACAAGUGUCCUUCCUGUUCUUGAGUGUGAAAUCUACUGUUUGCAUUCACUCAAUCUGGGCUCAUGUUCAUACGCUGAAUAGGUGAAAUGCUUGACUUUACGUGGGUAAGAGCCCCCUUUAUCUGUUAGAAAUAAUACGUUAACUGACUCUGACUUGCGUUUUAUUUUUGGAUAAGCAUACACUAACACUAGAAAUAUGCUAUUUUUUACGUUUUUGCAUACCGUUGAGAUUAAAACUCGCAGAAAUAAUGAUUUAUGGAAUCCAGGACUGAUUUUUUUCUUCUUCAGCUGACUAAGAUUUGUAUACUUUUUAUUUCCAAGGUUGCAUUUCAUAGAGGUUACUUUAAUAAUCAGACUUUCUACGUAACUUUGUAUGCCUUUCUCAUGGUGUCUCAGUGCCACUGAUCUUCCCGAUUCUGUUUUACAGAGCUAGAGAUGUUACUGUGAAGGCACUGUGGGUUUCUUCCGCUAAUUGUUGUAGUCAAUGUGCCAAGGAAGGAACCUCUGUGUGAUUCAUCCUGUUAUGAUUUAAUUCUCAGUGAAAUCUAAAAUAAAGUCUUUUCUGUUCUCUUCUUUCUCCA